CAUAAGGCAGAGACUCAGCUACUAAACCUUUCCUUAUUAUUACGCGUGCUUCUUAAGUGCAGCAGGCAAAUCGAGGAGUUUGUUUGUUGCUAAAGACAUUUAAAUCAUUUUUGAGGGAUUGCGUUAAUUCAAUAAUUUUCUUAGUUGUGUGUGCGAUAUCCCUUAAACAUUUUACCAGCCAACCAACCAACCAACUAAAAUGACUCUCUGACUUUAGCUGUGGUGGUAUUACGAAUCAAAAGUGCUGUGUGUGGACUACAUAAUAAUCUAACUCGUACUUUAUACAACAUUGCACUUAUUAAAGAUUUUACUCCCCACUGCUGCAUCAUUUAUAUUUAUAAUAAUAAACCCACCGCCGCCCAACUACCAUCAAUAUUUUAAUACUUUAUUUGUGACUGGGCAUAUGCACCACAAAAUUACGUUAUGAUACACAUGUAUACACGGAUAGUGUAAUUGCCACCUUGCAUUAUUAUUAUUAUCGUCAAGUUGCAAUAUAUCUAACCCAACUCUUGUACAUACAUACAUAAAUGUGCAAUAAGUGGUGGUGAUGGUGGACUAAUAUUUGAGCAUAACACACGAGUAAAGUAAGUAGCAUAUUCAAACAAUAAUGGAGAAUAAUUGGUUGUGAAACAAGGAACAACAAAAGAAACGGACGCAACGCAACGCAACAGAAGAAAAGUGCAACAUCGAGGAAAAGAAUAGCUUAACUCUUACUUAAUACGAUUCUUAUUCUUAUUAUUAUUAUUUGCUAAUAUAAAUAAUGGACAGUGCACAAAUGGUGGAGACAGGUUGAAUAAUAAUAGUAAUAAUAAAUGAUGGUGUGAGUGAGAUAGAUAAGAAGAAGAAGAAGACGACGAAGGUGCAAAAACCACACCACAACACAUUCGAUUCCUCCUCCUACUUGAUUAGUAUAGAGUCGAUCAUAUAUUGUAAAGUUUGCGUUAUUGUUACAUUAUUGGUGGCAAUAUUACAUUGUUGGCUGGUGAUGGGUGAAGUGGUUUGCAAUAAGAAAGAUGAGAAUAAGAAGUUGCAGUGUGUACUACUAAACUAAUAAUGGGGACGAGGACAGACGGGUCACACUUCACUACAUUUAAUCCAACUUACCUUUCCUUCUUCUCCAAGUCUUAAAAUAAUGCUUUUUGAGCCUCAUUUUCAACCAAAUUUAAUCCCUCAUCAUCAUCAUCACUACGAUCAUUCUUUGCAAAAAAAUGAUACACAUUUAAUUUCCACUCUCUGAUCUGCUACCACUACUGGUUUGGUUGGUGGUAGUGACAAAAUAAUCCCCUCAAUAAUUCGACUACUCAGGCAAAACAAAAGUGAUCCACUUAACAAUAAGAUCUCGUCGACGACAAGCACAAAGUAGUACGUUUUAGUCGUAAUGCUAACAGUCAUCCUGGUCACUUGGAAACAAAAAGGCGAUUACGAUCAGAAAAAUUAAAGUGCAACAAUUGCUAAUGGAGUUUACCGUUCACAGUUUUAUUGACACUUUCCGUGAGAUUUUUUAAGGCGAAGGACGUUCCUGCUGUCCAGCGAUCAAAUUAAAUAUUACAUCAGUAUUGUGAAACUAAACCAUUCAAAAGAUAACUAGCAUAGUAGCAACCAACAUUUAUACUUAAUUCAUGUGAUAAUCGAGUCAAAUUCAGAGUCAACUAGUACGACAUACAUAAUUAACGUAACAAGUAAAUUUAAAAGGGAAGAGAAUAUCCGAAAAAUGUGAUAGUUUAAUAGUUACAUGAAAAAAAUUGUUAGUAAUUUGUUUACAACAGUUCAAUAUUUUAAUAGUAGGAAAAAUAAUCUGUUUGUAAAGUAUGAGUAAACUGUAUGGCUUUCACUUCAGAAAUUGGAACACGUUGAGAUUAAGUAAUAGUUACAUAAUCUGAAAAAAAAACAAUGCAAAAAAAUCAGUGUUGAAAAAUUGAUUUGCUCUCUAAACACCAUAAUCUUACAGUUUUAUAAGAAAUAUAAUAUACAGAUUUUAUUUCAUGGUUAUAAAUGAUGAAUAUAAAAAAUAAGCCAACUCGUAGAAUAAUUCCGAAGGAAUCUCCUGCUCUGUGGUGGUGACGAGAUAUAUAACCGUGACGAAGACGAAAAGAGGUGAAAAUGCCUGAGAUUGAGAAACACCUUCAUCAAUUGACUCGCGUCAUCCGGGAGCAAGAUUCCAUCAAACUUGUUGUCCGGUUGGAGAGUUCGGUGGGGACAAAGAUUCGCUAUCUCGCCGUCGUAUCCUGCAUCGAACAAGAUUCGGAAGAAUUUUGCCUUCUGGGGAUCGAUUGCGACCAGGACAUUUCACUCGGUCUCGUUUUGGCGAUCCUUUCCUUCACCACCAUUCGGCUGGAUGGAGAUGGAGGAUUCUGUGUUACGACCGGUGAUGGGCUACGGAGUCAUAUUUUUAAGCCAGUAUCCGUCCAAACAAUGUGGUCCGCCUUACAAUCCCUGUACCGAGCUAGUGAAUGUGCCAAAGAGAACAAUAGCUUUCAAGCGUCCGCAGUCAGAUACUAUGAGGACGUUUUUAGCUCCUACAAGUCGGACCCCAGUUGCCUUACCGAGUGGAACAUUUUACCUGGAGUUGAAAACAGGCGACCAUUAGCUUCAGCCUUUACUUCUGAGGAAUUGUUCUUUCAAGAAAAGAUUAGCUGCACACUCAGAGAAAUCUUACUCUGCGAGAGAGAUCUUGAUGAAGUGACUUCCAAAGAGAUUCGAACAAAGUUGGAAUGGAAAUUGAAGGUUGACCUUUCACAUUACAAGUCCUUCAUUGAUGAAGAAAUGCUGAAAAUUUUGGGUCAGAUGGAAGCUCCAGCUCUUAUCCUUGACAAUUUGUACCUAGGCACUGAGUGGAAUGCAUCUCACCAACAAGAUCUCUUUGACAAAGAUAUCAACUACAUACUUAACGUCACAACUGAGAUUGACAAUUUCUUCCCAGACACUUUUCGCUAUAUGAACAUUCCAGUCUGCGAUACUGAAGAUACUGAUAUUCUUCGGUACUUUAACGACUCUUACAAGUUUAUCAAUAAAGCGAGGAAGGAUGGAAAAAACGUUCUAGUUCAUUGUAAAAUGGGGAUCAGCAGAUCUGCCACAAUUGUGAUUGCCUAUGUCAUGAAGACAAGAAAUUGGGAUCUCUCCAAAUCACUAAAACACGUCAAAGAAAGGAGAAAUUGUGUAAAGCCAAAUCCUAACUUUAUGAAACAACUGGAAGUUUACGAGGGCAUACUAACCGCAAAGCGGUUCAGCACAACCUUGGAAAAAAGAUCCAAAUCGGAGUCAAACUUAAAACAGAGUGACAAAUCAAUGUUGCUCGCACGAAGUAAUGAUAGAGUCAUGUGUUCAUCCAACAGUGAUAUUACCGAGAAUGGGGUCGACAUGAAAUCUCAUAAAAAAUAUUUUAACACUGCACCUGCUCGCCUAAAGCCUGAAAAGAAUGGUCGAAAACUAGUGGACAUUCUUAAACCAAAAAGUUCCUCAUGCGCAGCCAUACUAACGGAUAAACAUGAGCUGCAAAAUAUUGUCCCACCCGAAGUUCUCUCAUCGUUCGAAGCUGCUGUCAGUGUUCUUGAAAAUCCGACCGUGACCUCAAACUCGUACUGUGAUGUACAAGAAGCUCCGUGUCAUCGUCUUACGUCAACUACAACAACAACAAAAACAACGUCAACUUUCAUUAGUUUGGAAGUUCCUGUAGUGACGGUGACUGCUGAAGAAGAAGGAGAGGACCCCGUAGAAUUUGUGCCUUCUACUUCUCCCGAAAAGUUGAAUUAUUUUGUGUCCGAGGAACCCGUUAGUUUUCAAGACUUUUUAUUGGAUAACAAUGACCUCACAACCUCUAUGAUCCCACUACCACCCCCAAUGGAUGAAAGUAUGGACACCGAAGUUCUUCUGACAGAUCAUCACACGGAAUGUUCAAACACUGAUGAUCCAAAAAAGGCAAUGAAUUUAAAGUGUUGCAGGAGACCAUAUAAUGGUCACACGUUCAGCGUUUCCCCCAACCAAGUCGUCAACAUUACUUCCAUCGUUGACUACUCAAAAUUCAGUGUGCGUCACCUGGUUAAUGAAUUUGAAUUGCACAGCAAAGGCAGUGGUGGUUCUUCAGGCGAGAGUACAAAUGCUCUUGAGAUUCUAAGUCAUAAAACAGUACGAAGUCCACAUAGAACAAAAGUUAGAGCGAAAUUAUUGGAUAAUUGUGAUACGGAUUAUACGAGUAGUGAAGAUAACCAAGAAUCGGACAGUGUGCCAAUCCUUCCUCAAUUUCCAGACUCUCACGCAGUGCACACCGGAACAAUGAGUUUGAGGGAUUUUCAAACCAAUAAAUCUAGUAAAAAAGUUGAAAAGCUGGGUUGUCUCCCAUUCUUCAGAAAAUACUCAUCCUCAAUGUCAAAGAGUUCUCAAAACAAGAAUGCGGUCGGACCCGGGGGCAGUCACACCAAAAAUUCCUCUGGGAGUAAAUCUCGAAAAGGGAAACUGAUGGAAAAGUUGAGUAGUGAGAGUGGGGACUGCAUUUCUCCCCUGGAACAACUCCCAGCCAAAUACCAGUCCACAGGGGUAGUGAAACAAAGACUGGAAGCAUUCGAGGCUAAAGCAUCCCCACAUUCUAAGCAUCAACUAUUUUUUCGGUCUCAUAACCGGUCUCACAGUGCCACCGGAUCAUCCGGUAGUCUUCAGUUUGAGUCAUUGGGACACUUGUCGCAGAGAAAAUCGUCAAUGCCGCAGUUGGGGUCUAGAAGUUCAGAGUUUGAUUCCCCAACGUUUCAACGUCUUCCAAUAAUCCAGUCAUCGUCAGACCGGAAAGCCUCGCUCGACUCGAACGGACUCUUUAAAAGCUUUCCAUGCCCGAUGGUUAGAGGAUUUCAAAAUUCUGGAUCCAAAUCAUUUUUCUCAACCUCUCCAAAUUCAAGCAGUCGAGUACAACAUGGAAGUACACAUCCUCUCAAUCUUCUUCCACGAACCCCGACCUUGACGUAAAAUUAAUUGUGGUAGAAGGUUAAAUUGACAGCCGCACAAAACUCCAAAAACAAAAAUGAAACCCAAUAAUUCACAUAUUUCGCAAUAAUAAAAUUAUAUGUAUACUUUCUUUAUAUUUAUUAUUCCCGAUUAAUUAAUAACGUUUGUAUCGUCAAAACAUAAUGAGAGCAUAAUAUUGAAAUUAUGACAUUGGAUUAUAUUUAUUACAUGAAAUAAACAAGUAUCUACAUA